CCCGGGUCACAUCAGGGGACAAACUCAUGAUGAAGCACCCUGAACCUGCUUUCACCAAGGUUCCACCACAGGGUGUUCUCUGUGAUCAAAUACCCCACCACUCACAGCAGUGGAAGCAUCUGGAUUAAAUAUUACCUGUGGUUUUGAAGGGUCUCGGGCUGAGGACCCUUCAAACUAUCCCACCCACAGCUGGAGAAAGAGAAACUCUGAACCGCCGACCGUCCUAAAGACAGAUGCUGUGAUUAUCACCCAGAAACCUCAAUAUAAUAACUCCACAUGGGGAUGGUCUAGCACCUCUAAUCAAGUACUAACCAACUACAACAAAUCAAGAUGAAUUACUUUGAAGACAAUAAAAAUGAAAAGACUCAUCUGGAUCAGAAGCUCUCUGUAUGUAGCAAGCUCUGUUUCGCCAUCGGAGGGGCACCGAAUCAAGUCGCCGGGAGCGCAACAGCGUUCUUCCUUCAAAUAUAUCUACUUGACAUUGCACAGAUUCACCCGUUCCAGGCGUCCAUGGUGUUGUUCGUCGGUAAGGCUUGGGGGGCAAUUACUGACCCUAUUGUGGGAUUCUUCAUCACUAAAAGCAAAUGGACAAAGAUUGGACGACUCAUGCCAUGGAUGGUGGGCUGCACUCCAUUCAUGGUGGUCUCUUACUUCUACCUUUGGUUUGUCCCACCUUUUACCAAUGAGAGGUUUAUCUGGUAUCUGGGCUUUUACUGUCUCUACCAAACUCUCAUCACAUGUUUCCAUGUGCCUUAUUCUGCCCUGACCAUGUUCUUGAGCACCGACCAGCGCGAGAGAGACUCUGCUACAGCUUACCGUAUGACUGUGGAGGUGCUCGGGACGCUGGUGGGGGCUGCCAUUCAGGGUCAGAUCGUAGCGAGCGCACACACUCUGAAGCACUGUCCACAUCGAAACCUGACCACUGGUCACCUAGGAAACAGCAGUAGCGGGACAGAGGUCAUCAGAUCCCUGACGCUUUCACAGGACUUCCUGUCUCAUGCAAAGGAAGUGUACAUGAUAGCUGCCGGAGUGAUCGGUGGGCUGUUUCUGGUUUGUACGGUGGUCAUGUUCCUGGGAGUCAAAGAGAGAGAUGAUCCCUAUGCUCCUAAAACAGACAAGGCCAUUCCUUUCCAUAAGGGCUUUAUUUUGGUCAUGAAGCACGGGUCCUACCUCACCCUGACGGCUGCUUUCCUUUUCAUAUCCGUGGCCAUCCAGCUGAUACAAAGUAACUUUGUGCUGUUCUGCACAUAUGCGGUGGAACUUCGGGAUCACUUUCAGAACAUUGUUUUGACAAUUCUGAUGUCGGCAGCAGUGAGUAUCCCAUUCUGGCAGUGGUUCCUUGAGAAGUUCGGGAAGAAAACAGCAGCUUUCUGCGGCAUUACAUGGAUCAUGCCGUUCACGGUGAUGCUGGUGUUCAUCCCUAAUCUGAUAGUGGCAUAUGUCGUGGCCGUAUCAUCUGGGUUUAGUGUGGCUGCAUCUCUCUUGUUACCAUGGUCAAUGUUACCAGAUGUAGUAGAUGACUUCAGACUGGCAAACCGCAACUCAAAAGGACACGAGGCGAUCUUCUACUCCCUAUAUGCUUUCUUCACAAAGUUUGCUGCAGGCAUUUCUCUCGGAGUGUCGACUCUCUGUCUACAGUUUGCUGGUUAUGACACAGGAGCGUGCAGACAGCCCACUCCAGUGGUCUACACGCUCAAACUGCUCAUCGGCGCCGCCCCGGUGGCCUGUAUCACCACAGGCCUCAUGAUCCUCGUGGUGUACCCGAUCAGCGAGGAUGUCAGAUUACGAAACAAACUGGCCCUGGAGGAGCUCAGAAGCCAGAGUAUUACCUGUAAAUCUCUCAGAGCAGAUCUGAGCAGCGCGUAACGUCCUCAAACAGCCGAUCCUGAUAUUCUAGCCCAGCGCUGGAAUGAGUCGUGUUAGUGUAUAUUACACUGUGUGAGAUGAGUAAUGUUUUACUGUAAACAUUUCAGUUUGUUUCUGUAUUUUCAAAUGAACAUAUAGCCAUAUACAGUAUUACAGUAUCUAAUCUAUACACUUGAAUGGACUAUAUAUCAUUAUAUAUCAGGAUUUCCUGAGGUAAAAU